AUGGCGGCGACGGCGGGAUUGGCGCCGGGACUAUCUCGGAAGCUGAAGAAGGUUCUUGAAUGUCGUACGGACAGUCCGGAUCUGGUGUCUUCGCUCAACGCUUUGUCCUCGUUCUACGACGACAACACCGCGCAGUCCCGCCGGAAUCUCAGAUCGACGAUCGAGAAGCGCGCACUGGAGAUCAACAACGAGUUUCUCACUGCAGCGGAGACGGCUCAGAUCGCGUUGGACCGCGUGGAGGAGGAGGUGAACGCACUCGCUGAUUGCUGCGACAAGAUCGCGGCGGCGCUCAGCAGCUCCGCCGCAACCACGGGAGAGAUCAUCAGCACAACUGAGAGGCUGAAGCAAGAACUUGAGGUUACUACCCAGAGGCAGGAGAUUGUCAGUUGCUUUCUUCGUGAUUACCAGCUUUCGAACGAAGAGAUUAAAGCGCUUAGGGAAGAUGAAUUGAACGAGAAUUUCUUCGAAGCGUUGGCUCAUGUUCAGGAAAUUCAUUCCAAUUGCAAGUUACUCCUCAGGACGCAUCAUCAGCGUGCAGGUCUGGAGCUCAUGGAUAUGAUGGCCGUCUACCAAGAAGGAGCAUAUGAACGCCUUUGCAGGUGGGUACAGGCUGAGUGUAGGAAUCUGGGUGAUACUGAUAACGCAGAGGUGAGCGACCUUUUGAAAACCGCUGUUCGCUGUCUUAAGGAAAGACCCGUUCUCUUCAAGUAUUGUGCAGAGGAGGUCGGUAAUCUGAGGCACAAUGCGCUAUUUAGAAGGUUUAUAAGCGCACUUACACGUGGAGGACCUGGCGGAAUGCCACGACCUAUUGAAGUUCAUGCCCAUGAUCCCCUGCGAUAUGUGGGCGAUAUGCUUGGAUGGCUACAUCAGGCUUUGGCAUCUGAAAGAGAACUUGUCCACGCUUUAUUUGAUGUAGAUGCUGCAGAUAAUAAAUCAUAUGCGAACCAAAGAUCCGGCAUCUCUGAGAAUAAUUCUAUAAAGACAGCAGAACCCGAUUUCACGUUUGUUCUUGACAGAAUUUUCGAAGGAGUUUGCCGGCCAUUUAAAGUGAGAGUUGAACAAGUUCUGCAAUCACAACCAAGUCUCAUCAUUUCUUACAAACUCACAAACACCCUGGAGUUCUACAGCUAUACUAUCUCGGAUUUACUUGGGCGAGACACCGCUCUCUGUAAUACACUUUGGAUGUUGAAGGAUGCUGCUCAGAAGACGUUCUUCGAUAUUCUUAAAACCCGAGGGGAAAAGCUUUUACGAUACCCUCCGCCUAUUGCUGUUGAUCUUUCCCCUCCUCCAGCUGUCCGUGAAGGCGUUUCUUUGACUCUUGAGAUAAUCGAUACUUACAACAGCAUGAUGGUGCCCGCUUCCGGAAAGAAAACCGAUUUUGAUCCCGUGCUCUCUGCAUUACUUGAUCCUAUCAUCAAGAUGUGUGAGCAAGCAGCAGAAGGGCACAAAUCGAGGAGCGGCGGCCAUUUAUCCCGAAGAAGCAGAUCGAGUUUCGACUCGAGCCAACUAUCCUCAGUCGACGCCUUACUUACUAGCAGCCAUACCUCACCACAGAGUAACGAAACACCCGCGAAAAUAUUCAUCAUAAACUGUCUAUGCGCAAUCCAGCAACCGCUGUUGAGACACGAAGUGGCAACCGGGUACGCAGAAAACAUCGGGUCGAUGAUCGAGAACCACGUGAACAUCCUCGUAGAGAAAGAAGUAGACGGUCUCCUCCAGAGAUGCGGCCUCUCAGACAAAAUGAACAUCUUCCGAUCUUUGGAAACCGAUUCCGCCUUGUCGGGACGGGAAGAAACGUCCCCGACAACUCUAUCCGAGUGCCUGAAAACGUUCUUCGGGCUCGUGUUGGGCAGCGAAAGCUCGCUUCCAGAGUUUGAGAAGAUGCAGGUUCCGAAACUCAGGUCGGAUGCAUGUGUCGGGGUGGCUAAGACGUUAGCCGAGGCGUAUGAAGUUAUAUAUAGGGCGGUUACGGAUCCGAAAAACGGGUAUCCGGACCCGAAAUCUCUGGCCCGACAUCCACCGGAUCAGAUCCGAACCAUUCUAGGAAUAUAACUGUGAGAACCCUAUGGAACACAGUACGUGGAAUUAAAUCAAUUUAUCUUUUUUUUGUGGGUUUUCACUUUCCAUUAGAGUUCUCCGUUUCGGGUUUCGGCCCUUUCGGGUCGUGUUCUGGUCGAUUUUAUUCGAAUUUGAUUAUUCCGGUUUUAUUUACAUUCGGUUUUAUAUUA